CAUGUCAAAGAACAAGGGCAGCUCUCUAGGGUUUCGUUGACUGCAGAAUUAUCCCCAAAAUUCUAGGGCUCAUAGAUCUUCGCUCCCUUUUUAAUUUUUCGAAUUUUUCCCGGACAAUGUACUCCGAAUUUCGAGAGUUUUUCCAUUCGGGGAGUCGCUCUUGCAAUGCCUUAUUUCUAUAAAUUUAUCUGAGCGAGAAAAUACAAGCGUGAAUCGCUUUUGCCAGGGGAAGAAUUCGCUCGAGUUUAUCAACCGCGGUUGACGACGGACAUUGUUUGACGACCGAUGUCGAAAACAAGACCUGGUAAAAGAGACAUUGCCUCGUACACCAUUAGAGGUACCAACAAGGUUGUAAAAGUUGGAGAUUGUGUUAUGAUGCGACCAUCAGAGAUCAAUUCAGCUCCCUAUAUAGCACGAGUCGAUAAGAUUGAGUCUGAUGGCCGCAACAAUGUUAAAGUCCGGGUAAGAUGGUACUAUAGGCCAGAGGAAUCAGCUGGAGGGCGGAGGCAGUUCCAUGGAGCUAAGGAGCUAUUUUUGUCUGAUCAUCAUGACAUUCAAAGUGCUGACACCAUUGAGGGGAAGUGUAAUGUUCACACUUUCAAGAAUUAUACGCGGCUGGAGAAUGUUGGACCUGAGGAUUACUAUUGCCGAUUUGAAUAUAAACCUACCACUGGAGCAUUCAUGCCUGAUCGGGUGGCAGUGUACUGCAAAUGUGAAAUGCCCUAUAAUCCCGAUGAUCUUAUGAUACAAUGCGAUGAAUGCAAGGAUUGGUACCAUCCUGCUUGUGUGGAUUUGACUAUAGAACAGGUUAAACAGUUGGAUUACUUCAUUUGCUACCAACAUGGAUCUGAUGAGGACGUAAAAAAGCUUCGUAAACCCCCAUUCUCAAAUGACAAGGUACUGUCGAAGCGCCAGAGGAAGUAACCCAACCCUUCCAGUAUUGUAUGCUGAUGAUCUUUGUCUCAAUGUACAGUGGAAAUAGCUGUUCCCCUGGUUAGACUUGUGGCAGUUAGUUACCAAGAAUCUUUAGUCCCAUGUCCAUGGAUGUCUGGCGAUGAACCAACUAGUUGUGGUAUACUGUUUCUGUUACUCUCAGAUAUUGUAGUCCUGAUGUCCCUAUGAAGUCUUUACAGAUUUAAUUAGUGCACAGUUAAUGGAUCCUGUCUUUUAAGAAUUGCAUUUUGAGCAGAA